AUGGCCGCAACUCCUCCGCCAAAUCUGAUUCCCUUUGGCGCUGACGCCAAUUGCACCCUUGAUCUCUGUCCUUUGGAAUGGAGCAUCCUGCGAUAUCAGCCGUCGAUCGCGGCGAACACGGUCUUCAUCACGUUAUUCGGCGUUUCAAUGGCCCUGCACAUCAUUCAGGGGGUUCACUAUAAAACUUGGACCUAUGCGAGCUGCAUGGCAGCCGGGUGCAUUCUCGAGAUCGUCGGCUACGUGGGCCGGCUGAUACUGCACCACAACCCCUUCAGCUUCGAGGCCUUUCUCAUGCAGAUCAUUUGUAUCACUGUUGCUCCCGUGUUCUUGUGCUCAGCAAUCUACAUUCUUCUCUCCCAGAUGAUCAACUGGAGCGACCGCUCGAUAUCCCGCUUUGACCCGCGUGUGUUCUACUGGAUCUUCAUUCCCGCCGACAUCAUCUCCCUCGUUCUGCAGGCCACGGGUGGCGCCCUCUCAGCCGUCGGCACCGAGGAGGACGAGGUCCAGAACGGGGUUGACAUUUCCCUCGCCGGCCUCAGCAUCCAGGUGAUCGCGCUGACGACGUUCGUGUGUCUCUUCGCCGACUAUCUCAUUGCGUACUUUCGCAAGCACGGCCAGGAGGUUACGCGGCGCAUGAAGGUCUUUCUCUUCUUCCUGUUCCUGGCUGUUAUCUUCAUCCUGAUCCGCUGUGCGUACCGCAUCGUCGAGCUCAAGGACGGGUAUCACGGCGUCGAGUUCCGCAAUGAGGCCAAGUUCAUCGCCCUUGAGUCAUCGAUCAUGACCGCUGCCAUCUUUCUGCUCAAUAUCGCACAUCCAGGCAGAGUCUUCGACGUCAGGCAGAAGACAGGCAAGGACUCCAGCUCGUUUGAGAUGCGGGACCUGCCUAAGACGCAGACCCAGGGCAGGUCAGAGAAUAACGAUGAUGCUGCGACAUUGGUCUGAUGGUUUCCCGCAUGUACAUGUUUCAGGAAUGCCAGGAAGCGGUGCAGGUGCUAUUCAUCUAGUACGAUGUGGAUAUCGAUGCGAUAAGGCGCCGGGUGAAGGUCAGCCCAGGGAAACUGAGGUGGUAUCCUCGAAAUCCGAGGUUAUGGCAGAUGGAUGGUCUAUAAAGGUUCCUGCGGUACAAUGUUGGGCGGCGUGGUAGGUUUUAGACGACGUCUCCAUCACUGACCUUAGAAGAAGAUAGAUGAAAGAGCAGAAUAGAUAGAUUAUCAUGAUGAGAGUGUUUCGAGUG